AUGUUUGUUCCUCUAGUGCCGGACGAGAAGCCAGCUUACGGCCCGCUGUACCCUAAUAAGAUGAUGAGCAUUCACUUAACUGGUAAGGAAGUGGACUGCACCAAAUCGCCCACAGUGUUUAAGGACGACUGCAACUACUGUGUUUGCGGGGAGACUAGGAAUUCAGCCCUGUGUACGGCCUGGAACUGCCAAGCCUCCGAAACAGCUGGCGAAACUGCACAACGAGUGAAACGUGCAAUAAAGUUGUCAGGGCUGUGUCGACCGAAUUCGACGUUCAAGAGGGGCUGCAACACAUGUCUCUGCAAUGCGGAAGGCAGUGUUGCCACCUGCACACCUAAAAACUGCGAAGCUGUCAGGACAACAAUUGGCGAAACUGUACGUGUGAAACGUACAGUACAGUUGGCAGGGCUGUGUCGACCGAAUUCGACGUUCAAGAGGAGCUGCAACACAUGUCUCUGCAAUGCUUUUGGCAGUGCUGCCACCUGCACACGCCAAAACUGCGAAGCUGUCGGGAGAACAGCUGGAGACCCGACAUCAAUUUACUGCGCGCCUAAUACAACGUUCAUGUACGGAUGCAACAUAUGUUACUGCGGUGGAAAUGGAACUGUGGUUGCCUGCACCCGCGCAAACUGUUCCAGACGUGGCCCUCCCAAGUAAGACCUGUCGGAUGCCCAGCGUCGUCUACUCAACAUACCGGCAAUGUGGAACAGAGCUAUGGCAACGGGAACACUGCAGAUGGA